UAUAAGACUUACUAUAGAAAGUGAGAGUGUUCCCACGGGCACAGACGCCGUUUCUAACGACGGAUUUUGACUGAUAAUAACACCGUUUAUUUGGCUCAAUGUGAUAUUUAUUUGAGUGGUUUUUAAUUAUGCAACUGAAGUGAUCUGAUCAACUUUACCCACUGGAAAUUUGUGCCUUGGAUCAAACAGAAGAGGGAAGCUCAGGGACUCUGAAGUAACUGGGGCAAGGUUUUUGAAGGACCAGACAACAUGGUCAGCUUUGAGGCGCCCGUGUCCACGCUGUCGUGCUUCGGCAAAUGCUUCAAAUGGUCGCUGUAUCUGUUCUGUGUGCUCUUUCUGUUUGGCGGCAUUGCAGCCAGCGGCGUGGGAGUAUGGGCCAUCGUCCAUCCUACCAGUUUCCGCAUUGUGAUCCUGACCAACACGCGCAUGUACGUCUUUGCGGCAAUCAUCCUCAUCGGGGCCGGCGCGGCCGCCACGCUGGUAUCCGUCUUGGGAUGCUGCGGGGCACGCUACGAAAACAGAUGCCUGCUUGUAUUUUUUGCUGUGUCAAUGCUUCUGAUAUUUGUUGCUGAGUUCUCUGCUGGAGUACUUUCCUUGGCGUUUUACACACAGAUUGAAACGUUUGCCAGUAGGGAAAUGAGAGAUGCCGUACUCCUCAAGUACGGACAGGGAAACUACAUAGAAACCACAGACGCCUACAACUACAUGCAACAAACGUUUGACUGCUGCGGAUUCGAGGGGGACAGCCACGACGCUGCCCAGCUCUAUCAGGCCUCGCUGUGGUUCGAUGCCAAUUACCGUAUUCAAGUCCCUCCAUCUUGCUGUACACGCAACCCUAACGGGGAACCCAUCAACCUGGCCCAUUGCCAGAGCCGGUUCAACACGCACCUGGCCUUCAUAAACAACAUCGGCUGUAAAGAGGCUGUAAAGGCGCAGGGUAUCCACUUUGCUACAGUCAUCUCAGCAGUCGGUAUCGGCCUCGCCAUGUUACAGCUUAUUGGGAUCGUCUUAGCGUUCUGUUUGUUUCGGCGCGUGUGAGUAUGGCCGAGGAAAUCAUCGAAGAGAAGGA